UCGGUUGCUGCUGCUGCUGCUGUCAGUUCGCGGUGCAGUUUUCUUAGGUUAUGUUUUUAUAGCCGAUCGAAUUUGAAUCCUGGAUAUCGUCGAGAAUUGCUUGAACACACGAUGUACAACUCGCAGGCGGAAUCGGAAACGAUCCUGCAUCGUAUGUCCACUGCGUUAACGCUGAAGGUGGACCAGAGAUGCGCCGAUCUGACGGUGCUCUUCGAGAGAGGCACCAAAAAGGAGUUGGCCACCUUCUUCCCAAUGCUGAUCGACAACAUCUUCGGACCGCAGGGAACGUUCAGCUGGAGCCUGCGAACGCAGCUGCCGCAGAACAACCCCAACGAGUUCAAAGUCCUGUUGAACUUCCUCAAACCCAUGGGACCGGUUUUCAAGUUGAUCUAUCUGCUGCUGCAAGAGCCCAACAUCAAGUACGAAUUCAGCUUGAUGUAUUUACCCACAAAAGUUAAGAUGAUGCUCGACAGCUCAAACAUACAUCCCUUUUACCAGGAGAUCCUUCAAUACAACAAUCAGACCAAACAGAUAACCUCACUUCUAUUAAAUCCAUUCGAUUAUUACAUGUUCCAUUUCGCGUACCACUUGAUCAAUCCGUGCCAGCAGAGGACGACGUGCGACGACCAAUGGGAUUCCGUUUAUUACAACUUGAGCGUUGAGUAUCUUUCGCAUUUCUUCCCCAUCGAUUUGAAUCAGCAGAUCACGCCGUCAGUCGGCUAUUACAGCGGUAAGAAUCCGAUGCAAUUGCCGCAAACUUUCCAAAGCAGAACGAUGCGUUUCAAGAUGAGUUUGUUCUCGGAUGUGCAAACGCCUGAGGUGAAGACGACGAUGGAGAGGCACCCGAGGAACGAGAUUUGGCGAAGCGAGAGCAUCCUCAUGGCUUUCGUCGACUUCUGGCUGACGAACGAUCAAGUUUGUCUGCAUUUCGAUAAUCUCAAUAUGAGUCUGUCGAAUCAUUUGGAGUUGCCUAGCGCCGAUUACAUAAGGAUUAUUAGGGCUGUGAUAAAGCAUAUGCACGCGUUCGCUUCGACGAUGAACUUCGACGCGACAUCUCUGGGCGAACUGAAGAAAAUCACUUUGCCGAUGAUCCAGGGACGGAUUUACGUCUUCCUGAGGAAUCUGCUCUAUCGUUGGCCGCUGGACGAGUCUUUCAGGCUCGUGCUGGAACUGUGGCUCAGCUUUAUACAGCCGUGGAGGUACACGCACGAAGCAUACGAACAUUAUAUUGAAGUUGCUGCGAAUACGAAUCAGAGUGCGCACAGGAAAGACGUGAAAUACGCGGACGAGUCUUACAUGCAGUUCAUCGCGGAAAACCUUCUCGUUUACGUGGUCAUCUUCCAGCAGCUGCUACCGAGGUUCGCGCGCGUCGAUCUUUCGAGCCCGAAGAACGCGCAAAUGCUCUUCAGAUUAACAAAGGUGUUUUCUCAACCGAAUCUUGUGCCAAUUCUCAGACGACUCGAGAGCGUCGUGGAAAACAAAAACUACUCGCCGACGCACGUCCUCCACAACAAUCCGCUGGGUCUGAUGCCGCCCCUGUCUCCGACGACCCGAUGGUCCACGAACACCUCCGGACACAUAUACGACUCGACGCACAUCGAAUCGCCGAAGAAACCGUGCAGUAACUUCAUGUCGAUGGGUUCGGAUCCUUUGGCGAGCAAGUACAUGUCCGUCGUCAGGCAGAAACUCUACGAACUGGAAGGACCCAACUUUUGUUACAAACCAUUGUUCACAGUCCAAGCAGCGCCUGAGGUGUACGAGUUGCUGCAGAUAAUCAAAGUGUCCGAGAUGAAAUCGUCGGAGCUGUUCGAGAAGCAGAAGCAGAGCGAGCAGCGACGUGGAUUCUUCUCGUUCUUCACGCAGCCGACGGACAUCGACAAGAUUUCCCUUCUGGAUCGUAAGAAGGCGCCCGUCUUUCUCGCCGCCGCGUUCGAAGGUCUCAUCAGCAUCUUCGGCAUAAGCGAGUUCAUCGUUCCGCAACAAUGUUUUCGUCCGUCGGAAUCUCCGUGCUUCGCGCAGUGCAGCGACGAUUCUGCUGCGGACAUCUCUUCGGAUCUGAACUCCACGAACACGGUGGAGCGAGCUCUGAAGCAGCAGAGCAUCAGGGAGAGGAUGAAAUGUUUGAAGUUCGACGGAGAUCCCGAUCUGAUGCCUAUUCAGUCGCGCGAGAUCGGAUUCUUGGUGAGGAUGUUCUAUCAGGCUUCGUGCUUCAUCAAUCAGAUGGAGGAGCGUCGGAUCAACCAGUUCCACGGAAGGCAGGAUUUCGCCGGAAGAUUCGUGCGGUACUUCCUGCAGCCGCCGAUGUACGUCUACAAGUACGAGAAACGGGACGGCAGGUCGCGCCGCGUCCGACAUCUGUUGCCGGCGCGCGUCAGCCUGCGUCGCUUCGCCAAUUACAACUUCUGGACUCUGUUCAUCAUAGCUACGCUGAUCUUCCGGUACUUGGGUUUCGGCAGUUUCGCCUUCCUCUUCCUGUACGUCGUCUGGAACGUUCUGGUCGCGUCGUUCUCCGCGAUCUUCCAAAGCGGACGGCCCGUCGUGCAGAGCGUCGAUCUUAAUAACAGCAUGGACGACUGACGAUCCACUCCAACUUGUCAAAAUCGAUCCACCUACGCGCUACUUGCCAAGUAACACACUAUAUAUAUAUAUAUUUGUAUCAUAUACGAAUUGGCAUGGUUACGCGCUUUGGUCCGGUUAUUAUUAUUAUCUAUUUUUUUUUUCAUGUAAUGAUUUAUUUUUUUUUGUAAAAAGUAAUUUCUAAUAAUACUAAUAGUAGGCGUUAUACAAGGUUUAACAAGAACUUUUGUACUUUGAUACUUCCACGCGAAUUGCAAGAAUAAAAUGUA